AUGUCAACACCGCCACCGCAAGGACAGAGGGUACCAUUAAGUAAGGAGAAAAAUCCAGUUGCUCUUGCUGUUGCAACUGCAGUUAGAUACAACCCACUAUUGAAACAAAGACAAGGUAUUCUUUCAACAAACAAGGAAAAAACCGAUUUCUUUAGGUACAAAAGAUUUGUUCGUUCCAUUAAAAGCCCUGAGUUUCAGAAGAAACAUGCUGCAAAUGCUGCUAAGAUUCCAGCCAUUCUAGAUGAUAUAAAUGCAAUCAACCAAGUUUUUAUUUUACUUAUUCAAAACCAAUUGGUUAUUCCGGUCAAUAAACUAAAGACACAAGAUGCCAAGAAACAAGGUUAUAAAGUUGAUAAAAAGACACCAGCGUUAGAAGUUACUGGUAAGGCUGUGAUCCAGCCCGACGCAUAUUAUGCUUGGAACUACACCCCACCAAACCCGUACAUGAUGUUAUAUUCUAUUUUGGCCGUGAUUGGGAUUUUCACAGUUAUUCUUUUCCCGUUAUGGCCAUUUUGGAUGAGAAAAGGUGUUUGGUAUUUGAGUACAGGAUUGUUAUGUCUAGUUGGGUUGUUUUUUGUUGUUGCUGUUAUUAGAUUAAUAAUUUACUUGAUAUCGUUAGCUACAAUGCCAAGACAGUUUUGGUUAUUCCCAAACAUGUUUGAAGACUGUGGCGUUAUUGAGAGUUUCCAACCAUUAUAUGCAUGGGAGGAACCAAAGAGCAAGGGCCAGCAUAGAAGCAAAAAGGGAAAAAAGCAUCAAGAGCCAACGCAAUCAUUAGACACUAAUAAAGAGAAUGUAGUUGAGUCUACCGCUGACACCAAAACUACUUCCGCUAAGAAGAGCGAGACUACAACUGUCCAACGGAAAGCUACUAUUGAAGAGGUGGAAUAG